AUGAAGUUCACUCAGACCACUCUUCUUCUGAUCUCCGCCGUUUCCGCCCAGGAUGUGCUUGGAGGCCUCUUCUCUGAGGUUGGCAACCAGGUCAACUCCGCUGUUGGCAUUGCCGGCUCUUACGCCGGAGUUGGAGCUUCCAUCGCUGAGUCCUACGUCAAGGACGGUACUUCUUACGCCGGAGACGGUAUUUCCAUCGCCAAGACCGCCAUUGAAUCUGCCCGGCACGAUGUUGACACUGCUCUGCAGGGAGUUAAGACCAAGGUUGAUGCCGUUGCCUCCGGUGUGCGAUCCGAUAUCAAGGCCGGUGUUACCCAGGUGCCCUCUCGAAUCGAUGAUGCUCUUUCUCAGGUCAACACCAAGCUCAACGAAGGUCUCCAGGCCGCCUCUUCCGAGUUUGAGAUUGCCAAGACCGCUGGUGCCUCCGAGGCUUCUAAGGCCAACGAGGCCGCCAAGUCCUACAUCAACGAGGGUCUCCAGGGCGCUAACUCCCAGUUUUCUGUUGCCAAGUCUCUGAUUGACGACGAGGCCAAGACUGGAGGAUCCGCGUGGUCUGGCAUUGUUGCCUCUGUCUCCAAGCAGAUGGAGGACGCCCAGAUCUCCGCCUCUGUCACCGGUAGCGCCCUUGCUUCUGCCUCUGAGGCUCUCUCUUCGGCCGCCUCUGCUGCCUCCACCGCCGAGUCCGGCUCUGCUGUUGCCACUUCUGGUGCUUCUGGCUCCGCCUCUGGCUCUGCGUCUGGCUCUGCUUCUGGCUCUGCUUCUGGCUCUGCAUCUUCCCUUUCUCGAUCCGCAUCUUCGGCCGCCGCCUCUGCUUCUGGAUCUGCCUCUGCUUCUGCUGCCUCUACUGGUAAGGAGAACGGCGCCAACCCCAUGGCUGCCACUGGCAUGGUCGCUGCUCUUGCUCUUCCUCUGGUCGCUGCUCUUCUGUAA